GCCAGGUUAGGUGAGAGAGAAAUAGAAAGAAACUAAAAGAAAAGAAAGAAGAUAUGGGUGGUGAAAAGAGCAGAAUAGUGAUAUUUGGAGGAACAGGGUAUCUGGGCAAAUUCAUGGUCAGAGCAAGUGUAUCCUCCGGCCAUCCGACGUAUGCAUAUGUCCGGCCGGUGUCGCCGGAUUCCGGCGCCUCUAAGCUCGAGCUGCUCAAGGAAUUUGAGAAAAUGGGCGUCACCAUAAUUCAAGGAGAGCUGAGUGAACACGUGAAACUGGUGUCAACAAUGAAAGAGGUGGAUGUAGUGAUAUCUGCACUAGCUGUUCCUCAACACCUUGAUCAGCUCAAAAUAAUUGAUGCCAUUAAAGAAGCUGGCAAUAUCACGAGAUUUGUGCCAUCGGAAUAUGGGAAUGAAGUAGAGAGGGUGAGAGGGCUGCCACCUUUCCAAGUGCUACUUGAUAACAAGAAGACAAUAAGGAGGGCAACCCAGGCUGCCGGAAUACCAUACACGUUUGUGUCGGCAAACUCUCUCACUGCAUAUUUUGUGGAGUAUUUGUUACAUCCAUCGGAAAAUCCACAACAACUCUCUAUUUACGGCACCGGGGAAGCCAAAGCCGUGUUAAACUACGAGGAGGACGUGGCGGCUUACACCGUGAAAAGUGCGGUGGAUUCAAGGGCACUCAACCGCGUCCUCAUCGUACGACCACCUAAAAAUGUGGUGUCCCAACUGGAUUUGGUGUCCUCCUGGGAGCACAAGACUGGCCGGAAAAUCAAACGGAAUCACAUCUCCGAACAAGACCUCAUCAACAUGUCCCAGGGAUUGCCUUUCCCGGAAAACAUCCCGCCGGCGAUCCUCCACAACAUAUUUGUGGCCGGAGCACAGGUGAGCUUCCAACUGGGGGAGAAUGACUUGGAGGCUUCAAAGCUCUACCCUGACUACAACUAUGCUAGUGUGGAUGACUACCUUAAUCUCUGUGUCGUUAAUCCUCCAAAGCCCAAGUUGGCUGCUUUUGCCUAGCUACUAUAAAUCAACUACUCUACAAAACAAAUUUAUAUAUCAUAAAUAAAUUAAAAAUACCAGUGUUCUUAUACAUAUAUGGGAGGGUUUAGGCAAUCGAGACCAUGUUUCAUGUGAAAAACAAUGAUUGAUCUGAUCUAGAUACAUCAAUGGUUGAGAAAUAGUGAGAAUUGACUCCAAGUAAAAUUUAGUACUUGACCGACCAUUGAUGAAUCAUGAUGAGAGACAAAGAUUGGGGUCAUCAUCUUUAAUUUACAAUAGAGUUGUUAUAAAUAUGUAUGUAUAUGUGUAUGUACUUUGCUUAGCUUGGACUGUAAUUAACUAGCUUGGUGCCACAUGCAUCAGUUUGUGUGUUCACAUGCGAUAAGAUUUUACUAGUGUUUUGUUUGUGCUUA